CGACACGAUGGGCUCCCUCUCAGCCGCGGCGUCGGAGUCCCUCCCGCCCCUCCCCUACCCACCCGCGCGGCGGGACGAGUCGGUCGUCGACGAUUACCAUGGCGUCCGCGUGGCCGACCCCUACAGAUGGUGAUUCCCGGGCCCCGUCUUGCUCAAAAACCCAAUCAGAUCGAAUCUUUUCGAGUUCGGUGCGUUGUGAGGAAGAUUGUGUUUCUUUUGGGGUACCCAGGUUGGAGGAUCCGGAUGCGGAGGAGGUGAAGGAGUUCGUGGAGAGGCAGGCUGCGUUGACCGACUCGGUGCUGGCGAGGUGCGAGGAGAGGGAGAGGCUGCGGCGCCAGAUCACGGCGUUGUUUGAUCACCCCCGGUAUAGCACGCCGUUCAAGCGAGGCGGGAAGUACUUCUACUAUCAUAACACCGGUCUGCAGGCGCAAAGUGUUAUCUACGUUCAGAAAGAUUUGGAUGGAGAGGCAGAGGUUCUGUUGGAUCCUAACAUACUUAGCGAGGAUGGAACUGUUGCGCUUUCGAUGGCUUCUGUCAGCAAGGAUGGCCGGUAUUUGGCUUAUGGGCUUAGCAAGAGUGGAAGUGAUUGGGUUACAAUCAAGGUGAUGAGGAUUGAUGAUAAGACACCAGAAUCUGACACAAUAUCAUGGGUGAAGUUCUCAUCAGUUAGCUGGACCCUUGAUGGAAAAGGAUUCUUUUAUGGCCGGUAUCCACCUCCUGAAGAAGGGGUUGAAUUGGAUGCGGGGACAGAGACAAAAAUCAAUCUGAAUCAUGAGCUUUACUAUCAUUUUUUAGGCACGCAUCAGUCAGAGGACAUAUUAUGUUGGAGAGACCCGGAGUAUCCAAAGUAUAUCUUUGGAAUCUCCGUCACUAAUGAUGGAAAGUUUGCUCUUUUACACAUUACGGAAGGUUGUGAUCCUGUCAACAAGUUGUACUACUGUGAUCUGUGCUCUUUGCCUAACGGGCUUGAAGGUUUUAGAGGAAGCAAUGAAAUGCUUCCUUUUGUCAAGCUUGUGGAUAACUUUGAAGCACGCUAUAGUGCUGUGGCAAAUGAUGAUAGUGAGUUUACCUUUUUGACGAACAAAGGAGCUCCAAGAUGUAAGUUAGUAAGGGUAGACCUCAAGGAGCCAGACUUGUGGACUGACAUUCUGCCAGAGCAUGAAAGGGAUGUACUGGAAUCAGCUUAUGCUGUCAAUGGCAACCAGAUCUUAGUGUGCUAUCUUCGUGAUGUCAAGCAUAUUUUGCAGAUAAGGGACAUGAGUACAGGAGAUUUGCUACAUUGUUUACCAUUAGAUGUUGGUAGUGUCUCUGGGAUUUCUGCUAGACGUGAAAAUAGCGAGAUCUUUAUAAGCUUCACUAGCUUCCUUUCUCCAGGAAUCAUCUACAGGUGCAACUUAGCAACCGAAGUCCAAGAGAUGAAAAUAUUUCAAGAAAUUUCUAUCCCUGGCUUUGAUCGAACAGAAUUUGAUGUUAAACAGGUUUUUGUUUCCAGCAAGGAUGCUACCAGGUUACCCAUGUUCAUUGUGUCAAAGAAGAAUCUUAAACUUGAUGGAUCAAAUCCAACUUUACUGUAUGGCUAUGGGGGCUUCAACAUUAGCCUUAAACCUUCAUUUCAUGUGAGUCGUGUUGUCUUGGCAAGGAACUUAGGUUUUGUGUUCUGCUUAGCCAAUAUUCGUGGUGGUGGAGAAUAUGGGGAAGAAUGGCAUAAAGCAGGAUCACUUUCUAAGAAACAAAAUUGUUUUCAUGACUUUAUUGCUGCUGCUGAAUUUCUCGUUUCAAAUAAUUAUACCAACCCUAAACAUCUAUGUAUCGAGGGAAGUAGCAAUGGUGGACUUCUCGUUGCAGCUUGCAUGAAUCAGCGUCCAGAUCUUUUUGGGUGUGUGCUUGCUCAUGUUGGCGUUAUGGACAUGCUUCGAUUCCACAAGUUCACCAUUGGUCAUGCUUGGACCUCCGAUUAUGGUUGCUCAGACAAUGAGGAAGAGUUUCAUUGGCUUAUUAAAUACUCUCCACUGCAUAACAUAAAAAGACCAUGGGAAAAAGGCUCUGGCAAAUCUUGUCAGUACCCACCAACCAUGCUUCUGACAGCUGAUCAUGAUGAUCGUGUUGUGCCUUUGCACUCGUUGAAAUUACUAGCAACUAUGCAGUAUAUACUGUGCAACGGUGUCGAGAACAGUCCACAGACAAACCCGAUAAUUGCCCGAAUUGACCGAAAGGCAGGACAUGGAGCUGGGCGACCUACUCAGAAAUUGAUCGAUGAAGCUGCUGAUCGCUAUAGCUUCAUGGCUAAGGUGUUAGGGGUCUCUUGGAUCGAUUAAGCAUAUUGCUCGGUAUCGAUGAUGAACUACUCAUCGUGCGAUUGGAAAUGCUAUUUGUAUUUUUGUUUUUACCAUAUUGUCAUCUCUUUUCUAGAAUAAUUAUUCAAUUAGCUUCAAUUGUGUAAUCCAAUCAGCUUCUUGUAUUUGUGGUGAUAUGAAAAAUAAAUACUCGAGGGAUCCCCGAGAA